CCAUUCAGUGUUGGUUAAACUGUCUAUGCUGUCCAUCCAGUGUGCAAACAUGUUCAUGUUGGAUCCAUCUUGUCUACCAAUCUACCUACUAUAACUAUUAAAUUCUCAUAAGCAGAAUUAGGAGUUCACAAGAUAUCAGAUCAGAAUAUUUAAUUAGAAGAGAAGUUCAUAAGCAAGUAAAUGAGUGAUGUUCGAUUCGAUAUGCAAUAGCAAUUGAGUUUCAAUACACAGAAUGAGAAUAAAAACACUUUGAUUUCCAGUAUUGUUUAGGAGUUGGAUCAUUAUGCUGCAGCUUUUAUGAUUAGGAUUUUGUAGAGAAAAUAUGCCUUGGUCGGACAUUUGAAGCAAUUGAGUUAGAAAUUGUAAAAUGAACCAACUCUAAUAGAGGAUCAAGAGUUCAAAGCUCUUUAUCAAUGGUCGUUGUAACAAAUCAAGAAUUUUGAUUCUGCUUCUAAGCAUGUUAUGACUAAGUUUAGAAUGAGAGGAUUGAGUGGAUAUUCUUUACAAUAGGUGAACAACAAUUUGGACAAGGUUUUGAGCAUGCCUUUGGCCUAUAUGGAGAGAGAAUUGGACCAGAACAAUGUGGAACCGGAAGAAGAGAAGAAGAAUUUAGAGAUCAAGUAGAUCAUUCAUAAACAAUAAGAUGUAUUAAUAUGUUAUUUCUUAUUUCAAAGGAGAAAAUCAACUCACAAUUAAAUUCAUUACUAACACAAAAGUUUGCAUUUCUAGAGAUGGACAAUUGUAAUUAUUCAUCUUAUGAUUUUCAACCUGAAUAGAAUUAAAACCCUUAGUUCAAUCACUCUUUGGUCUAUUGUUUACUCUAAAUAAUAUCAUUGGCAAACAUUAAAAUAAAAUAUCUAGGAAUCACAUCCUCAGCAACUGCAGGAGAUAUAGGAAUCAAUACUAAGAAUAGUAGGUAAUCAUAGUAAAUGA